AUAUUUUCAUUUUUGUUUCAGUAACACGAGUGGAGACAGUCUUGCUAAACAUGCUGUACAAAAUAAUGCUCAUGGAUAUCACAGAAGAGAAUUGAGACUAAAGGAUAUGGAAGAAAUUGUACGGACGUCAUCGUUAAAUGAACCAAAUGGUAUGGUAAACAGUAGCAUCGUCAAGAAUAGCCUUAUUACCGCUUAUAUCCCAUUUCUACCAUUGGAAAGGAAACAUGUGGAAAAAUGCAUUGUAGACGGACUAUUUGCAAGAGGCUUUUAUGCGUAUGAAUACCAAGUAGAUUAUGAAUUAGUGAAAUCAAUUGCAGACGAAAUGUUGUACUUUCCUGAAUUUAAUAAGUUAUUUUCAACAACUGGUUGCAAACGUGUUAUGGAAAAAAUUGAUUUGAUUAUGUUAGAAGAGGCAUAAGAUUUGACAUUUUCGUGUGAUUGAUUUGUUAAUUUUUACACGCAUUAAGUUUAAACAUUGUUUUUUUUUCAAUAUACAUGUAUAUUUAUACAUGUUUCAAUUUACAAUAAACACAAAGUAUAUCAAAUAUUUUAACAAAAAAGGAUUAGAAUGGAAGACAAAGUGUCUUAUGAAAUUCUUCUCCAUAGUGAGUAUUUGACAUAAAUGUAUAAAUAUUCUCUAUUUUUCAUUGUAUGAAUUCUAGUAGGAAUGCAUGGUUUUGAAUAUAUUCAUUCUGGUCACUUACUUUGAACCGAGGCAAUGUUGUAAAAGUUAUAUUCAGGAAAAUGUUGAUGAACAAGAAAAGAAACUGUGACCUAGCUGUUUAUUUUAUUGAUUCAAGAUGACACAUAUUCUAACCUGACCAAUGUAACAUGUAAAACAAAGCUUGAUGAAGAUCAAUAAAAUAUGUCUU